CCGCUUAUGCCAUUUACCUGUGUGACUUGUGCUCGCAGAAAGGUGCGCUGCGACAAGGUUCCUGCUCCAUGUGGCGCAUGCAAGAAAGGCCGUCUUGAAUGCUUCUACCAAGAGCCUCCACCCAGGAAGCGGAAACGAAAGCCAGUUGAUGAUCUCCAGGAAAGACUAGACAAAUACGAGAAGCUGCUUAUCGACUACGGUAUUCUGCCUAAGGAAGGAGAGAAUCCUGGUGAUGAGCUCGGAUUCCGAUCGGUCACCGGCAGCAAGGAAGCCAUUCUGCUUCGAGGCGAAGGCAAGACCAGGUACAUCGACAGUGGUAUCUGGCGGAAGCUUGGCGAAGAACUUCAUCCAUCAUCGGAUGAGGAUGGCCCAGACGAUGACGAGCAGACCGAAGCCCCGUACUCUGCUGGAGCGGCCGAUCCAGCUUCAGCAGCGUUCUUCAGUCCGUCUACCUCGAUACAGAGUCUGAUUAACGUUCACCCUACCUACGAUGUGGCGAUGAAGCUGUGGAAGCUCUACGUGCGAAAUGUUGAGCCUAUAAUAAAAGUCGUCCAUCAGCCUACGACUCAAGAUAUCAUUCAACGAGCAGCAACCAACCCGAGCGGGAUGUCGAAAGUCACAGAGUGCUUGGUUUUUUCGAUAUACCAUUUUGCUAUCGCAUCCACACCACCAUCGGAGUGCGAGGAGAUUUUUGGAUCAUGUUGGAACACUUUACGGAAGAGAUACCAUGACGCCACAAGACAGUCGCUAGUAGCAGUCCACUUUCUAAGGACUACUGAGCUAGCUGUUCUGCAAGCCUAUACGCUUUUGCUCUUAUCGGUUCGGAACCAGUACGACCCUCACACAUUCUGGAUACUUACAGGAAUUGCAGUCAGAAUCGGGCAAAGAAUGGGCUUGCAUCGCGAUGGCGAGGAUAUGGGACUGUCACCCUUUGACGUGCAGAUGCGACGCCGCUUAUUUUGGCAACUACUGCCGCUGGAUGGUCUUUCUGGACAACUGUCUGGCACAGGCAUUGCAAUUUCGGCUGACUCCUGGGACACAAAACAAGCGCUAAAUGUCAACGACGAGGACAUAUGGCCUGGUAUGGAAGUGCCUCCAGUUGAGAAGAAGGGUGCUACAGACAUGAUCUUCUGCCGGGCUCGCAGCGAAAUAGGCAAGUUUCACCAAAAGAUCAAGCCUGCCCUGGGCAACUGGUCUAAGCUCUGGGAGGCUAAGGACCUUCCCCUGAUCCAUGAUGCGCUACAAGAACUUGAGGACAUGAUGGAAGAGAGGUAUAUCCGAUACUGCGAUAUAUCGAUUCCCAUACAUUGCCUCACGCUCGGCUUGGCUCGAGGUGCGAUCAACUCAGCUCGAUUACGGAUCCGGGUGGGACGAGCGAAAAUCGAUGGAGCAAGUGCAGAGGAACGCAAAGACAUUUACAAACUCGGGUUGAAAGUGCUUGAUCUGGAUGUUUCAAUCAUGGGCAAUGGUAACUUGAGCAGAUUCCAUUGGCAUAUGCGAGCAUUCUUCCAAUGGGACUCUCUUAUCUGGCUUUUGACUGAAGUGCAGAGAGAAGAUACAUUGAUAGAUGCAGAAGAGGCUUGGCAGAAGGUCGACCAAGUCUUCGCUCAUCACCCGGAACUUACGACGUGGAAGCGCUCGAUCGACGUUGCCUUGGCGAGACUCGUGAUGAAGUCAUGGAAUAACAUGAAAUGGAAAGACAAUAUGGCCAGGUCGUGGCCGUUUGUAGAGAAUUUGCGGGAGGCAUUCGAACGAAAGCAAGCUUCCAGAGCAAGCAGCAGCGAUGCUUCGAAGCACACGCCUGUAAACCCGUUCGAUCCUGCUUCUGAUGCCUUGGACGACAUCCCGAUUGACAACUAUCUCACUGCAACUGCGAUGCCUUGGGGCUAC